AUGGCGGUGGCUACGGCUGGUAGAGUGGUUGGGGCAAAGCUGGGUCUGCGUGAGAUUCGCAUCCACUUAUGUCAGCGCUCGCCCGGCAGCCAGGAUGUGAGGGACUUCAUCAAAAAACGCUAUGUGGAACUCAAGAAGGCGAACCCUGACCUUCCCAUUCUAAUCCGCGAAUGUUCCGAUGUUCAGCCCAAACUGUGGGCCCGCUAUGCAUUUGGUGAAGAAAAGAAUGUCUCCUUGAACAACUUCAGUGCUGAUCAGGUAACCAGAGCCCUGGAAAAUGUAUUAAGUGGCAAAGCUUGAAGCCUUC